AUGCGGACAGAGUGGAGAGACACCAUAGUGGAUCAUACAUAUGAUGCUGUUGUUAUAGGAGCUGGUGGUGCUGGGCUGAGAGCAGCCAUAGGCUCUCAGAGCAUGGUUUCAACACUGCUUGUAUUACCAAGCGUUCCCAACUCGUUCUCACACUGUUGCAGCUCAGAGGCACCAAAAGCUGUGAUUGAGCUUGAGAAUUAUGGUUUACCAUUUUCUCGAACAGAAGAUGGAAAAAUAUACCACGUGCAUUUGGUGGUCAAAGUCUUGACUUUGGAAAAGGGCUAUGGUAGAACCUAUUUUUCUUGCAACCUCUGCCCAUACUUGCACAGGAGAUGCAAUGCCAUGGUUGCACGUGCUGGGGUUCCACUCCAGGAUCUCGAGGUGAAGUGGUAUUCUAAGAACAGCGAAGGUGAACGGUUUUGGAACGGACCUUUGAAGUCAAUCUAUCUCCACUUGAAUCACUUACCCCCAGAUGUACUCAAGGAGAGGCUUCCUGGCAUCUCUGAAACUGCUGCUAUCUUUGCUGGAGUUGAUGUUACAAAGGCCCAUUCCAGUCUUACCGACUGUAGUUACUAUCAAGGAAAUGACCCAGAUGCCGUAAUUCCGGGACUAAUGGCUGCUGGUGAGGCUGCCUGUGCAUCAGUUCAUGGUGCCAAUCGGCUUGGUGCAAAUUCUCUUCUUGACAUUGUUGUUUUUGGUCGAGCUUGUGCAAAUAGUUGCAGAGAUCCAGAGACCAGGGAUAAACAAAAGCCAUUGGAGAAUGACGCAGGCCAGAAGACCAUUGCCUGGCUAGACAAAUUAGAAAUUCAAAUGGCUCAUACCACUUCGAAAUUUCGGUUUGAAUAUGCAACGAGUAAUGCAGAUAAUGCUGCUGUGUUCCGUCACAGAUACAUUAGAAGAAGGAACUCUGACUUAAUAGAGACUAUAGAAUUGGAGAACCUUUUGAUAAAUGCAUGUAUCACCAUGCAUUCUGCUGAAGCCAGGAAAGAGAGCAGAGGAGCUCAUGCACGUGAAGAUUUUACGACAAGAGAUGAUGUGAACUGGAUGAAACACACCUUGGGAUAUUGGGAGGAUGAGAAGGUCCGACUAGAUUACAGACCUGUUCACAUGAAUACAUUAGAUGAUGAGAUUGAGACCUUCCCACCUAAAGCUCGUGUAUAUUGA